AUGGGUAGAAAGAACUACACCGAUAUGCCUGGCUUCAUCCUCUUGGGGCUCACAGACAAUGAAGAGACACAGCUGGUCCUCUCCACACUCUUCCUCCUGAUUUACCUGAUCACAGUGCCGGGGAACAUAGGGAUGAUAUUGAUCAUUCUCCUGGAUCACCACCUGCACACCCCCAUGUAUUUUUUUCUCACUCACCUGUCAUUUCUCGACCUCAGCUACUCAAGUGUUAUCACCCCUAAAACCUUACAGAACUUACUGACUUCCACCAAGAGCAUCUCCUUCCUGGGCUGCUUCACCCAACUUUACCUUUAUGUUCUUUUUGCUGCUGCCGAAUGUUUCCUUCUAUCCUCUAUGGCCUAUGACCGCUAUGUAGCUAUCUGCAACCCUCUGCAUUAUCCAGUCAUUAUGUCCACAAGACUGUGCCACGCCCUGCUUGCUGUCUCCUAUAUGAUUGGAUUUAUGGAUUCCUCUGUCAAUGUACUUUGCCUGAGAAGACUGAAUUUCUGCAACUCUAAUGUGAUACAGCACUUUUACUGUGACACUCCAGCUCUUUUAGCUCUGUCCUGCAGUGACACUCAUGAUUUUGAGAUCAUGUUAUUCAUUGUUGCUGGCUCCACCCUGGUGGUGUCUCUCAGCACAAUUGCUGGAUCCUAUCUGUCCAUCCUCUCCACUAUCCUCAAAAUUAAUUCCACUGCUGGGAAGAAGAAAGCCUUCUCUACCUGUGCCUCCCACCUCCUGGGAGUCACCAUCUUCUACAGCACUAUGAUCUUCACUUAUCUAAAACCAAAGGAGUCCUACUCCUUGGGAAAGGAUCAGGUGGCUUCUGUAUUUUACACGAUUAUGAUCCCCAUGCUCAACCCCCUCAUUUACAGUCUCAGGAACAAAGAAGUGAAGAGCGCUGCCCUGAGAAUCCUGCAGAAGAGAGAGGGCUGCAGGCAGUUCAUACCACAGGGAUGGAAAGUCCAAAUCAUGUCUCAUGUUUACACUGUGUAUAGGAAAUAUUCCCAGAACGGUGCCCACACUCAGAGUGACGACUCGGUGCAUCUGGUCCUGCUGAGAGUCAGUCAGGAGACUGUCCCGGGCGGCGGGUUCCUAAAUCCACGUGUUCCGUGUGCCCCGGGCACUAGUGACCUGAGACUCUUCCUGUUAGUGCGAUAUCUGGGGCAAUGCCGCCGACCUCAGGAAGGUUCUGAGGUCUUACGUGUAGCAAUUUCAACUAAGGUACCUUAUGUUUUCUGUUUUUUUGUUGUUGUUGUUGUUGCAUUGUUGACUCUCGAGUCUGGCGUCUUUGCUCGCCUCAAAACUGACUCGUGA